AUUGAACUGUGUAUUGUCAUCAAUGUGCCUUUUUCUGAAUUUUUUUAUAUAUACAAAAUAUAUUGUAUUUUUAGCUCCAUAAGAUGCACUUUCCCCCCCAAAAAAAAUGGGGGAAAAUGUCUGUGCAUCUUAUGGAGCGAAUAUGGGGCGGCCGGCCCUGUAUUCCCGCCGCCGCCGUGUUAGAAUAGCGGGCCCGCCGCUAGGCUCUACUGUGCAGAAAGAACCCGCUCCUCGGUCCUACCUGUUUCUCGGUCCAGAGGUGUCCAGCCGCCUUCUCUCCCUUGCUCCGGCAUCUUCAUUGUGGGUACCUGGCUGUGACAGCUUGCAGCUUCACAGUCGGGUGCCCACUGCUCAUGACCAAGAAGCGCUGUGCUUUGGGAAUGGCCCUGUAGUCUUCUGGGACCUGUCAUGUGUCCCACAAGACUACAGGGAGGUAGGACAACUCUGUGUAAGUGGCAGCGGGUACCUUCUCUGGUCAUCUCCUGUGCUGUGUCUGCAGUCUCUGGUCAUCUCCUGUACUAUGUCCGCAGUUUCUGAUCAUCUCCUGUACUAUGUCCGCAUCUCUGGUCAUCUCCUGUAAUGAGUCCGCAGUCUCUGGUCAUCUCCUGUACUACGUCCACAUCUCUGGUCACCUCCUGUAAUGAGUCCGCAGUCUCUGGUCAUCUCCUGUACUGUGUCCGCAGUUUCUGGUCAUCUUCUGUAGUAUGUCCAGAGUCUCUAGUCAUCUCCUGUACUAUGUCCACAGUCUCUGGUCAUCUCCUGUACUAUGUCCGCAGUCUCUGGUCAUCUCCUGUAGUAUGUCCGUAGUCUCUGGUCAUCUCCUGUAGUAUGUCCGCAGUCUCUCGUCCUCUCCUGUACUAUGUCCACAGUCUCUGGUCAUCUCCUGUACUAUGUCUGCAGUCUCUCGUCAUCUCCUG